AUGAUGAAAUUAUUAAUUUUAUUUUUUUUAUUUUUUAAUCGCGAGCUCGUUUUUGUAUAUUUUUUUUUUAAAGAAAAUGAAAAAAGACAGAAAAUCAUUUUAUUAAAUGUCGACAGCGCCAUGAUUAAUAAAAAAAAGCAGAAGAAAAAAUUGCGCAACUUAUUUAAAAUCGACCAAUCAAAUAAGAAAAUCACGAAAAUUUAA